AUGAGUUCGAACUCGGAAGAUCCCAGCUCUGCGAUUAAUAUGUCCUCCGCGGCGCGUGCAAUGCUGGGCAAAGUCCACAAGCUGGUGCCUCCGAUGCUGGAGCGAUUUCACAAAGGUCAGCUUGGCCGAGUUGCUGUCAUCGGCGGCAGUGCAGACUACACGGGUGCUCCAUACUUCUCCGCCAUGGCUUCUGCACGGUUGGGCUGUGAUAUGUCCUACGUCUUCUGCGAGCCUUCGGCAGCCCCGACGAUUAAGUCAUACUCGCCGAAUUUGAUGGUCUCACCGAUCCUCAGAUCAACAGCGUCCAUAUCUCAGGCACAGAAAGAGCAGGAUCCCUCAGGAGAAGAGCUGGCCAAACCAAUACUCGAUAUGUUGGCUAGGUUGCAUGUGCUGGUCAUUGGGCCUGGCCUGGGAAGAGAUACUGUUACGCAAAAGCAGGUCAAGGCGGUCAUUGCCGCAGCCAAGAAGCAUAGCCCCCCUAUCCCCAUGGUGCUAGACGCGGAUGCACUCCUGUUGGUCCAGACAGACCCGGACUUGAUCAGAGGACACAAGGAAUGCAUUCUUACCCCCAACGUGAUUGAGUUUGGCCGUCUGGCCAAGUCGGUGGGGAUGGACCAGAACACUGGGGACCCGGAGAAGGCAUGCCAGGAACUUUCCAAGAUCCUCGGUGGAGUCUGCAUUAUUCAGAAGGGCCCAGUCGACUACAUAUCACAAGGUAUUGACACCACCGUCUCCGAGUUCCAAGGUGGGCUGAAGCGGUCCGGCGGACAGGGUGACACCUUGACGGGUUCGUUAGGCACGUUGCUUGCGUGGCGGGAAGCUUAUCAUGAGAAACUCUGGGACAUUGGCGAAGAGAUGAGCCGAGAGGAGACGCUCUUGUUGGUGGCGUUUGGGGGCAGCGCUAUCACGAGAGAGUGUUCACGGAGAGCUUUCGCAAAAAACCAGAGAAGUCUGCAGGCCAGUGACCUUACGGAACAGGUCCAUGAAUCGUUCCUGACUCUGAUUGGGGAGCCUGGCCCGACACAACCGCCAAAACAGAAUCUGUGA